GGAGGUGGACCUGCCUGUCAGAUGGUUUGUUGUUGUUCUGUCUGUCAGGUCUAGAGAGGGAUGUGAAAGUGAGAGGUUUAGAAAGGUAACAAGGAAACAGGAGAGCAAGCAACAACGUCCAAUCUGAUGGAGUUCCAGAAGCCGUAACUUUUUGAAAGACCUUUUGCUACACGAGGUCGUCAGGCUCAGCUGUCAAGAAUCACAGUGUCCCUGCAGUGGAGGUUAAAAGGUUUUUGGCUGACGAUACAAUGAGAGAAGAGGUGUCCUGCACCAACUCUCCAGAAGGAGGUCUGGGGGCGAGUGAAGAAGAACUGGAAAGAGGAUCGAAGAAGAGCAACCAACAAGGAAAUCGAAAACGUUCGCCUUACCCCAAGAAGGAAAACCUUGCCCAGGCGGAGGAGAGUAGCACCGGCAGCCCAAACAGCCUGUUGCCAUCUGUGCCCAAGAGGGUGAAGAAAAGCCCUUCGACUGUUGUAUCAUUGGCCCCAACAUCGCUGGGACCCCGGCUGGACCAGCCCUUUGAGGACCUCCAUUCUCAGCGUGUCAUCGCCAACGUGAGGGAGCGCCAACGCACUCAGUCCCUGAACGAUGCCUUCGCUUCCCUGCGCAAGAUCAUCCCAACGUUACCUUCAGACAAACUGAGCAAGAUCCAGAUCCUGAAGCUGGCCUCGCGCUACAUUGACUUCCUGUACCAGGUGCUGCAGAGCGACGAAAUGGACGCCAAGCUGGCAAGCUGCAACUACCUGGCCCAUGAAAGACUGAGCUAUGCCUUCUCCGUGUGGAGGAUGGAGGGGGCCUGGGCCAUGUCUGCGAGCCACUAGGAUCCCACAGAAACCAUCUCACCUAAAACCCUAUUGUGUCCACACCUCCGUCUUUGUCCUGCACCCGUUUCCCGACCUCUGACUGCCUUCCUGUCAGCCUGAUCUUCACCUUUUCAUCUGAAACCCCUGCACAUAUUCUUGCUUUGUCUAUGUGCUCCCUAAUAGUUAUUUCCACCUCUACACCCCGUUUCCCCUGCAUUGUUUCCAAUGCACUCCCUUGUCUGUCCUCCAGUUUGGUCCUUAGCAACAAGACGCCCCGCUGCAGCCAAUCAGAAAACCAACAAAUGGACAAUCCUCUGCACUCAAAGAAGACAUUUCUCCCCUCCUGAAAAGACAAUCCCCCAUAUUUGUAUCUUUACAAACUCUUUUUUUUCCUCCUGCCUCUCUGGACACUGAGAUGUAUUUGAAGCUCGACUCUAACAAAUUCCACUUUGUGUUUCUGAAACACUGCUGAGGAGACACAACAGUCGAGUGCGGAACAUUUUGAAUGAUGAGAACAAACACCAAACAAACAAACAAACAAACAAACA